AUAUUGUUAUCAAAAUAUUUUUAUUUAGCAUUAUUUCUACGCUCUUCCUUUUGUAUUUAUCAUAGACAUUUUUUUAUUAUGACAUGAUUAUGACAAUAAUGUGUUUUCCUCUGUCAUGUGUUUAUGGGUUGAUACAAUGGGAAUGAUAUCAGGGGAAAAAUAAUAAUUAUGGAGGGCCGUAGUCGAUGUUGCCGAUGCUGCAAGGCUCCUUGCGCGGGAGACUUCAAGAAAAUAGCUGAACUUAAAGAUUCUAAGAUUGCCAUUUAUGUUUACACAAAUAAAGAUGCGCAGGGUAAGGAGAAUGCUGUUGAAACUGUCAAUACCUUCAUCCUGCAUAAUACUGGGAGCAAGCAGAUUGCGCGACCAGACUUCAUGGCUGAACUUAAACGAACGCGGUCAGAAUGUGGCCAGUGCAGAGUAAUAGUAGAUGGAAUACAUAAAUUGUUGGAAGAAAUGAAACACAUAAAAGGGAAUGAAGUGUUAGGGAUUUGUGAGCACUGUAGGCUAGCAAAGUUUUUUAAAACGCCUUGUGAAAAAUGUAACUAUGCAGUUAGUAGGUUUAUUUCUAUCAAUCAGAAAAGACAGGAAGAGUUACAACAACGUAGUAAAAUGUGGCUUUGUAAAGUAAAGUGCUUGUUACAAUCAAUACUUGCCGGUAAGAAGAAUGUGGUUACUCACGGAGUGAUAGACCCAGAAUUCGAGAGAAUCCUACGCGAAUGUAAGUUACGAUUAGAAGAAAGACAACCGGAUAUUGAUACCUUUCCAAAGUUAGAUCAAAAGGAAGUGGCCGAAUUGUCAAGAAGUAAGGAAUUACUUGAAGAUUUAAUUUCAGAUGUUGUAAUUCAGGAUGAGAGUGCCCGAUUUACUUCCGAAACUAGUCUCUACCCGUCUCCGUCAAAAGAAAUGUGUUUGUGCAAAUUCAUAAAAAAGGGUCAUCAUGAAGGUAAACUUUCACAUGGAACGAUGCUAUCUGGAAAACAAAAAGAAAGUCGUCAUAGGUUACUUAGCUAUCAAGAAUAUUGUAAAAGCCUAAUUAAAAGAUUAUUAGACCUAAGUAAAGCUUUGCAACAAGGAGUCCCUGUGAAUAAAAGAGUGGUAAAAGCGAUCCUUGAGACUUUAAAUGAAGUUGGGAGUAAAGGACUAGAGCCGAAUAUAGUAGCAAAACUAAUACAACAACUGAGAGACUUACAUAGUGCUCUGCCUCACGAUAUUUCAAAAGAACUAAGUAAAAAUGGAAUUCAAGAUCUGAUCAAUGAUUUACAAAACUUACAAAUUAAAAGUAGUAGUAAAUUACAAAGUGAUGACGAUCUUAACAAAAGCCUUUAUGAAAAAUUAUUAGAACUAAAAAAGGCUUUACCUCGAGAAGUUAAGGAUAAUAAACAAUUGAAUCGAGAGAUUCAUGAGUCUUUAAAUGAAGUUAUGAGAAAAGGACUAACAGUAAAAGUACUUGCAAAACUAAUAAAAGAACUGAGAGACCUACAUAAUAUUCUCCCUCAAGAUAUUUAUAAAUCUGUGAGUAAAGAAGGUGUCAAAGAAUUGAUCGAUGACUUAAACGACUUCCUAGUAAUAGCAGCAUCCAAAAAUGUAAAUAAAGAUAUGCUAGAAUUACUAGUUGACGUAAGUGAUAUGGUAAACAAAGAAUUAUAUAAGAAAAUAAAUGAACACCCCAGAAAAGGCUUACACAAACCAUAUACGUCUUAUGAUAUAAAAGCAAAAUCGGAAAUAAUACCUGAAGGACCAAAGAAAGACGAAGCAGAAAAAACUCAAAUUUUACCGUCUGUUCAAAGUGAAAAGACUACGGAAGGUUUUCCAAAAGUUGAAAGUAAAUAUAGUGUCCGUGGUUUACCAAGUUUAGUUAAAGCUUCCAGUGGACAGAGGGAGGAUCAAGCACAGGAUAUUUUAAAACAGCAAAGUAUAGAUGAUAAGCACGAAUUAUCACAAGAUGUAAGCAAGAAAAGUAUGUUAGGUUUAACCAAGAGUCAACAGAGCGCUCAAGGAAUAAAGAGCGGACAAAGUAAAGUUGAUACCCACGAUGUCUUGAAAACUCAGAGUGAAAAGAGUUUGGGCAAAAAAAGUAUGCAAAGUUUAACUAAAGUUCAAAGUAAACAAAGCACUCGUGGCCUAUCUAAAGCACAAAGUGAAGCCGAUACCCGUGCUAGUUUGGAACCUAAAAGUACACAGGACUUAUCUAAAGGUCCGAGCAAGAAAAGUAUGCAACGAUUGACCAAGGCUCAAAGUAAACAAAGCACUCUUGUUUUACCUGGAGGAGAAAGUAAAGUUGGUGCCGAUGUUGACUUGAAAACUCAAAGUAAAGACUUAUCUCGAGAUAUGAGCAAGAAAAGUAUGCAACGAUUGACCAAGGCUCAAAGUAAACAAAGCAGUCUUGUUUUACCUGGAGAAGAAAGUAAAGUUGGUGCCGAUGUUGGCUUGAAAACUCAAAGUAAAGACUUAUCUCGAGAUAUGAAAAGUGUGCAGGCUAUGUCUAAAGUUAAAAGUGAAGACACUAAAGAUGAAGAGCGAGAAUUGCCUAAAGCAGAAAGUAAGAAAAGUGUGCAAGGCUUACUUAAAUCCCAAAGUAAACUGAGUGCCCUUAAAUUACCCAGAGUACAAAGUGAACAUGGUAGUGUCAGUGAUAAAGCAAAAGAUGGAGAGCGAGAAUCAACUAAAGGUGAAAGUAUAAAAAGUAUGACAGGCUUACUUAAAGCUGAGAGUAGAGUUAGCACUCAUAGUUUGCCUUUAGUGCAGAGUCAACAAGAACUGGUCGAAAGACCGAAGCUAUCAAAACUAGUCAUGAAAAGUAUUUUAGGUUUACCUGUAUCCCCCGAAGAAAGUCAAGUUCUUUUGCCAGGCCCUGAAGAAGGAGAUUCUUCAACUCUAAUAAAAGAUGGUGAGCAAAACCUGGCAGGUGUUCAAAGUAAAGAUGAUGCUCAUGAUUUAUCUAAAGUUUCGAAAAAGGACCUAGCUCAAGAUUCUCAAAAAAAAGGAGUAAGUGAGAAAGAUUUGGAAAAACCCUCUCAAAAAGACUUGAAGCAGAGCGCAACUGCUGAUGAACAAGGAGUAAAAAAAAGUCAAACCAAAUUGACUCCUAGCAAAACUCAGGAAAAAAUGGAAGCAGAAUCUUCUAAGUCAGAUACAUCAUCAAUUGAGGCAACUAUUGGACUUGUGCAAAAAUUAUCUGAUCUCCACCAGGCUUUGGCUAGUAGAGCUUUAGAUAAAAAUCUGGUAGAGGAAUUGGCCAAAAAUAUCAGUGAGGCCUUAGGAGGAGCAUCCCCAGAUUUGUUAAACAAUAUAAUACAAGAACUGACAAACCUAUGUCAACCAGUUAUGGAAGGAAUAUCAGACACUUCUAACAUGAAAAAGGUACAAAAGUUGAUCGAGAAUGCACGUAAAGCAUUAAGCCAAGGACUGAGUGAAGACGAAAACAAAAAAGCUCUUAAGAACCUACUCAACAACCUAAAUACUACGCUCGUUGUAGAUAAAAAAGACAAAAAAACAUUAUCCAAAGAUUUAAAACAAGUGACGCCAAAAGACAGUUCACGAUACUUAAAACCUCCAUCUAAAAAAGAUCUAAGGACGAUAAGAGCUUUGGCUGCGAAAGAAGCAAAAAAGCAAGAAGAAAUUAUUGACACAGGUGCUGAGAAAGAUACUAAAUUGGGAACAAAGACAGAUACAAAGCGUGGAAUAAGCGAAUCUGCACCAGAUGAUAUCAGUCCUAAAAAAGAACUGAAAACGAAGAAAGGCCCUGAAACUGGUACUGAAAAAGUAGUGCCAACAGACAAAACACCUGAAAAACCGAUAAAAAAAUCCCAGGAGGGAGACAAAACACCUGAAAAAACGAUAAAAAAAUCCCAGGAGGGAGACAAAACACCUGAAAAAACAACAAAAAAAUCCCAGGAGGGAGACAAAACACCUGAAAAACCGGUAAAAAAAACCCAGGAGGGAGACAAAACACCUGAAAAACCGAUAAAAAAAUCCCAGGAGGGAAACAAAACACCUGAAAAACCGAUAAAAAAAUCCCAAGAGGGAGACAAAACAACUCAAAAAACAAGGUUAGAACUAGCCAGUAAGAAAGCGACUCAAUUCAAAUUUGGAGGUGACGACGACUCUCUUUUGACUACUGACAAAGAAUUAAAAGACAAAACUCCGAAAGAAGCAAAGUCAAAACAGCCCAAGGAGGAAGACUCACAAAAAGCAGAAUCAGACGGUAAAAAAAAGAAGAGUAAACACAUGGGAGGUGACGAUGAUGGUAAACACAUGAAAGACAAGCCAAAAAAAACAACAGAAGGAGAGAAAAAACCAGGAAAAACUAGGAUGGAAUUAGCUAGCAAGAAAGGAAUACAAUACAAAUUUGGAAGUGACGAUGAUUCUCUUGGUUCUAUAAUGAGUGAGCAAGAAUGGGAAAAGAAAGACCAAAAAGAAGCAACGCCAAAAAAAAGUAAAGAAAAUCUAUCACCAAAGAAGGGAUCAAAAAAGAGGGCAUUAAAAAGUAAAUCACAAGAUAAGGCAUCCACGGUGGAGCUAAAAAAACCAAAGCAAAUGUCCGAGUCUGCACUGCGUAGGUUAUUGAGUAGUAACAGACUCAAUGCAGCAAGGUAUGCAGAGUACAAGGAGAAACAACGUCUGAAGGAAAAGGAAAUGGAGAGGAGACGCUUAAGAGAAUUGCAAUUAAAAAACAUGCCUCCAGUCAUACCAAAAGUUAUAACGCCACCACUCACUCCCGAGACAUCGUCUACUAUACUCGAGUGUGACGUGAAGCGAGUUAAACAUCCCAGUUCAAUGAUAAAAGGAAACGCAAUUGUACGGUACAAUCCUCGAUAUAAAGAACGUAAAGACACACAAAAAAAAAUUGAACCUCUGAUUUUUAAAUCGGAUUUUAAUAUCGGAUCAGACGACCUUGGUACUGCUAAAAAAACUGAAUUUGAACCAGGUAUAGAUUACGAGGCUAUGUUUAGAGACGGUGUAAUAAGAUAUAAAUUAUCUAGUAGAGAGUUUAUUGAUAACGGUUGGACACAGCUACCGACGAAGAAGAUAAUGAGAAGGAUGAAUAUAUAUAAAAUGAAACCGGCUUAUCCGAAACAUGAUUGGUUCGAGUUGCACAAGCAUGAUGAAGAGCUCUUCUACGACACUGGGCAAAGACUUGCCCUCAUUGACGCUAACGGCCGAGGCCAUUGGUUUUAUAAGAACGGCACGGUUGCUUUGGAUUACUACAAUGCUAAAGAAUCGAAUAUAGGGCAAAGGUAUGUGGUGUACAGCACUGGAACAGAAUUCGAGACCACUGGCAGCCUUCAACCUCGCACCAUAUUAGCAUUAUUCGAUGUACUUGGAAAUGGUGUUGUUUAUGACCAUCACGGUAAUGUCAGACUGAAAUACAACCAAACUGAAGGCUUACUCGUAGACUCAAAAGUUGGUCCACCGGGCAAAUGGAAAUGGCACUCUUUGAACGACCCGCCUGUCUUACAACAGGUAUUCAUAGAUCAAAAAGAGCGCGACCGUCGACUGGAGCGCGCGACACAGCUCGACAGGGCUCAAGAGGGGUUCGAUUAUGAAAAGAGCGUCGACCCCGAAAUGGUCGCGAUAGAACUGGAUAAUUUCGCCAAAGAGAAAAAACAUAGUCUUAGAAAAAAAUUCAAACCAUUCAAGAUUAGGAUGAAAGCUGUAAAACUUAACAAUUUUUUCUCGUUGAAAAUUCUCGAUCAGGGGUCCAUCACGUUGUUUUUUAGGGACGGAGCGACAAGUCUCAAAUUGCACUUGGGCAUGCAUAUAGUCAGUAACGAGAUUAUCGAUACCGACACUUCGGAAAUAACAGAUGUAUCAACUCCUUAUGACAAACGUCCAGCAAAAACUGAAAGUUUAGAAAAUAUUUAUCAGAUUCUACAAUGUGUGAGGACGGGGAAGAUUCGUCCACCGUUGGAGCUCACUGUUGGCUCCAUGUGAUAAGUAUAAUACCUAUUAGUUAUGCUAGCAUUUUUAUUUUAAGUGUUUUUUUGCUUACGAGUUUAACUUUAAUUUGGUACGUAUGAAUUUAUUACUAUGAUUUAAUGUAGUUUUAAUAUGAAUUAAUUUUAUAGUGUAUGUACUUGAUGUUUACGAAUAAAACGGUAUAU